GGAAGGAUGGUCUUUUCAAUAAACAUUACUUGGUCAAUUAGAUAAUUUUAUGGGAAAAAUUAAUCUAACUCUUAUCACACCAUUCACAAAAAGCAAUUCCAAGUGGACUGCAGAUAUAAAUGUGAAAUAUCUUAGAAAGACAAGAUUUCUUAAAAAGGGCAGAAAAAGCACCAAGGGAUAAAAUGAUAAGUUGGAAUAUAUGAAGAUUAAAAACUUUUGUUAAUCAAAACAUCAUUAAGAUACUGAAAAAGCAACUCACAGUAGGAGAGGCUGUUUGAAAUACACAGAUCUGAAAAAGAACUUGUGUCUAACACGUAUAACGGAUUCCUACAAAUCAACAUGGAAAAUAUAAAACACGCCAACAGGAAAAUGAGAAGACUCGGCUACUUUACAAAAAGAUAGCCAAAUGGGGAAAUCAAAACUACAUGAAAAGGUUCCCAAUCCAUUAGACAUUAGGUAAAUGCAGAUUAAAACCACCAAAAGACACGUCCAUCACAGACGCGCCAGAAUAGUGAAAAUAAAAGAUGGCAGAAGCAGUAGAAAUAGUUUCUUGUGAGACCAAAAGUGGGUGUCGCGAGACUGAAGGCUAAGUAUCGCGAGAUCGAACGACGGAUGUCGCGAAUCCGAAGGGUGUGGCGUUUGCUUGAGUUCGUCUUUGUGAGAGAAGCAAACGUCAGGAAAUAGCUGGUCAGGCUCCUUUACCACCAUGAGCGUCCCGCGUGGGGUCGACGGGAUCCCUCUCCCCCAGACCCGCCAUUUCCCUGUUCCUGACCACGCGCUGGAAGACCCAGACCCACAGCAGUGCCGGAAGCGUCUAGAGGAAGCGGAGGUGAGGCAGGUGGUGACCGAGACAGGCGAGGGCAGCUUGGGGAUCGUUGCACUCCCACCACCCCAGCUUCUGGAGGAGGGGUGCGCACCGCGGGACCCCGCGGACUGUGGCCCUACUCCCCAGAUCCUAGUCAAUCGGGGUCGCGGUCACGGAGCUGCCAAAGCGGGGCAGGAGGAGGCCAUGCCGCCCGCGGAGGGCAUGGAAGCAGCCCCUGUCCCUGUGGCAACCGAGAGCAGCCUAGGAAAUGGAUGUCAGCGGGGAACUGGUGGGGAGAAGGCCCUAGAAACCUGUGGCACAGGGAGGUCGGAGCCUGAGCUGAUGGCUGGGGCGAAGGUGAGGGAAGUGAAGACUGAAAGGGGUACCAUCUUCCCUAUAGUAGUGGAUGAUGAGGAGAGGAAGGAGAAGCCAGUGGGUGAGGAAGUGGAAACGGUGGAGGAACCCAGAGCCGUAAACGUGGUGAAGGAUGAGGCAGGGCCUCGGGCCCUGAAUGAGGGUCUCCAUGUGAACCCCUUGGAGGCUAUCCAGCUGGAACUGGACGCUCUGAACGCUCAGGCUGACCGGGCCUUCCUCCAGCUAGAGCGCAGGUUUGGGCGCAUGCGGCGACACUACCUUCAGCGGAGGUACCGCAUCAUUCAGAACAUCCCUGGCUUCUGGAUGACUGCCUUUCAGAACCACCCGCAGCUGUCUGCCCUGAUUAGAGGCAGGGAUGCCGAGAUGUUCAGGUACUUAACCAAUUUGGAGGUGAAGGGGCUCAGACAUCCUAGGAUGGGCUGCAAGUUCAAGUUCUUCUUUCGAAGAAACCCAUACUUCAGAAACAAGUUGAUUGUCAAGGAAUAUGAAGUCAGACCCUCCGGCCAAGUGGUGGCUCUUGCCACUCCGAUCAUAUGGCACCCAGGCCGUGAUCCUCCGGCUUUCAAUCCUAGGAACCAAGACCUCACAUGCAGCUUGUUUGCCUGGCUUUCAGACCACAGCUUUCCAGAUGACAGGAUUGCGAAGAUCAUCAAAGAGGACCUCUGGCCAAAUCCACUGCAGUACUACCUAUUGCAUGAAGGGGCCCAGAGAGGUAGACUUCAUCAGAUAAGGGAGCUGGUGGAGAGCCCCAGGCCCUGUGGAUUCCAAUCUGGUUAACCUUUGCUCUUAGGAAUGCUCCCACACAAAGUCCCCUGCCAGACCUGUGUCUUGGCAACAGCAAGGGUAUUCCUUUCUUUGUUUUUGUGUUGACCUUUCUGUACCUUCCCUCCUCUGGACAUUGAGUUCUCUCAGCUUCUAGACUGAGACCUUCCUGGCUGUGCUG